UGGGGGGUUCAAUUCUCAGUCUUUUAUGUAUAAAAUCAAGCUUCUUCCUCCUACUAAUGUCUGGCGCAUUUUGUCAGCUUCUAACUACUAGAAUAGGUUUUAGGAAGAAUAAUACCAUCGCCUAAAUUCGGUCCGUGCCAAGAUAUAACACCGUCCGAAGUUAUACAAGCACAAAGUACAAAUCAGAUGAAAUGACAGCCCUCAUUGAAGUAUCGCUAUCAUGGCUUUUUAAGAACGCAAAGGGCCAUGAUGCGAAAAGCUUCUUCAAGGGACCCGCCUUCUCCGACUUUCAGGACAAGCAGGAGAUCACCGUCACAGCGCCGGAAUGCGGCCCCACCAACUCGGUGCUCGGCGUCGAAUACACGCACGACGGAGUAGGCAAGUUCCCUGCUUUGCGGUGGGAGGCGCCUUCGCAUAUUGCAGACCAAGUGAAAGAGUGGUUACUAGUUUCGGAGGAUCCAGAUGCGCCUUUGCCAACGCCUAUCUGCCACGGUAUCUACGGAGGUAUCCCGCCUACGAAGACAAGCGUUGAGCCGGCCGACUUCGAAGUCGAGGAUCCGAGCAAGGCGCUUCUUAAAGGCGGGUUCCAUUACGGACGGUCGAGAAACGGCAGGGUUUACAUUGCGCCUCGGCCACUACUGAAUCACGGACCGCAUAGAUAUUUCUUCGAAGUCAUAGCAUUAAAAGAACCGUUAGAUCCUAGCUUGUUAACUGCGACAACGACGAGGGAGCAGAUUGGUGAGGCUAUCGUGGGGAAGAUUCUAGGAUGGGGAAUGUGGGUAGGAAUCGCGGAAAGAAAGUGGGAGUAGAGGGGACAUUUCCCCCUUUUUUAGUUUAAUUGAUAGUAUGAUGAAUUUCAAGCUCACUCUAUGAUGUAUGUUGCUGACAAGAUGUAAGAAGAAAGACUGGAAGGCGCCUAGCUACAUGUAGGUAUAUAAUAAUGUAUGUAAGUACUAUAUUCUCGUACUGUAUGUAGAAAGAGCGGAUGGUUGAGUGGAUACCUCUAGGUUA